UAACAGACGAGUGUUAUACUUGUUGAGAGAUUAGAGAGGAGAAACAUUUUAAAUUAUCAUCUCAGUAUGGAUGUGGAUAACUCAUUUGAUAAUUCAUCUCUACAGCAAGUUCUUGAUACUGAAGGGUUCAAAGUAGACUUGGAACUGUUGAUAGAUGAUAAGAAUAAGAAUGAUAAUCAUCAUGAUAAUAGUGACGAUGAGACUAGAAGUCCUUCAAAGAAGAAAAGACACCUUAAUAAUAAUAUGACUAAGACGAAAUCUUCAUAUUCCAAAUCAUUUUCUACUUUUACAUCAAUUCUAAAACCUGAUCUUAAAGACACUAAUCUGAUAACAAAUGAAUUAUUUCAAGUUACAAAUCAACUAAUAAGACCUACAACCCAUCAUAGUAUCAUGUCUGAUACAGAAGAUGAGGAUGAAUAUGAAUAUGAGGGAAAUAAUAAUGGAGAACUCGAUAGAAUGUUUUUCCCUAAUAAAAGACUAAAUAAUGAUAAAGUUGAAAAAUUAGUGGAUAAUCUAUUCAUGAAAAAUGGUAAAGUAUCAUCAGAUACAUUUGAUUUUGAAUUGGAUGAUCAGUUAAGAACCAGGUUUUAUAAGGGAAGGUUUAAUAAAAAUCAAUUCAAUAUAGAAGCUAAUGAUGAAAUCGAUGUACAAUUAAAUAAUUAUCUAGAUAGACCAUUCUCAGUUGCAUUACCGGCGAAUUCUUCCACUUCAAAAAAUGAUAAUAAAGAAAACCAAUCUCCUUCACCAGAUCCUCAAAAACCAGGUCACAAUAAAGGUUCAAAUACAAUUAAGAAAUCAUCAAAGACAUUUUUUAAACCACCUAGAGAAAGGACUCCCAAUACAAGACAAUCUAUACCGGUACUCAAACCGCUUACAAACUUAUCUACUAUAGACAAUAGUAAAAAAAUAUCAUUCAAUUUCUUGGAAGAGAAUAAUUGGUCCACAGGUAAGAGACUUUGUUCACCAAAACAUCGAAGAAAUUUCACACCAAUGAAACCAUCUAUCAAAUAUUCUAAUAAUAAUACAAAUAUUUUCCUAGUUGAAUCUCUGACAGGAUUAAUUAAUGAUGCUACAAGGUUUGGUACUGAACUUAAUUCUUCUAACUGUGAAGAUUUCCCAUUACCAGAAGAUGCAAAUGAGAUAGUACAAAUUCCGACCAAUGAAGAUCCUAAAUCCAAGAAACAAAAAAUGGCAAUUAUCAAAGUUAUGCCUAAAUUACAAAUACCUUCACCUGCUCCACAAACAACUCAGGAUCUUCUAAAGGGAUUCUACAGUGAACAAGAGUAUAAAAAGUUCAAUAGCAAUGAUCUCAGUUUCAGUGUAAUCCAAUCACAAGAUUCAGGAGUUCAAGUUGUAGGUCAAUCACUUCAUAAUAUCCCCGACUCCAAAUCAAGUUCAAGCAAUGACACAGCCUCACGAGAUAAUACUUCCCAAAAUAGGAAAGUACGAUGGGCAGAAAAUCUAGAAUGGUAAUGCGACAAUACUAUGUAAUAUAUAUAUACGACAAUAGACAGAUACGAUUGAUUUAAUAUAUUUAAUUUAUUAAUAUUUUUAAUUUAAUAGGGCUACUGUUAUCUUUAAAUAAGAUUUUGCAGCCCGGCUAUAAUGUCGCUCGUGUCAUUCCAGUUUGAUCAGGAAAUGUAUGUCGUCGUAUCUUGCAGAGACUUUUUUCGACGCCGCGUCAACAGAUACGACUACUCCAAAAAUAAUUCACAACAUAUGUCCACCUAAUCAUUAUUAAUUCU